AUGGCCUCAGGAUCAUUCAAGUGUUUUGUUGAUAAAAAAUUGGGCAAAUUUGCAUUUUUCUUCUUAUAUGCUAUUCUUGAAUGGGUGUUGAUCAUUGUCCUUUUUGUUGAUGGUUUUCUUGCAUUUUUUUCCAAUGAAUUCGCCAAAUUCUUCGAAUUGAAUGUCCCGUGUUUGCUUUGCACGAGGAUUGAUCACCUUCUCGUGAAUAGGAACUCGAAUUUCUAUUACAAUGAAUCCAUUUGUGAGGUUCAUAAGAAGGACCUUUCUGCACUUGCAUAUUGUCAUGUCCAUAAGAAGCUCUCUGAAAUCAAGAAUAUGUGUGAAGGCUGCCUUUUGUCAUUUGCAACAGAGAGAGAUGCUGAUUGUGAGAGGUACAAAUCACUAGCUGGUGUUUUGAAAAAGGACAUUGAUUGCUUUGCUGUUGAUAGUGCAAGAGUUUCUAUGAAAACAGGUAAGAAGGAACUAGAUGAGGCCAUCCAAAUUGAGAGGGGAGUAGUUGCGAGGUGUUCUUGUUGUGGAGAGCCUCUUAAAAUGAGGUCAAAAUUUGCCAGGAACGCAUCAAUAAAUGGAAGGUCUUAUUCUCAAGCUCCUGCUCCAUCUCCUCGCGCUUCUCCUAGAGCUCCGUUAUUAGGAGCAUGGAGAACUAUUGAGGAAGUCCGCCAUCUAGAAUCCCCUCGCAGCAUUAGGUACACUGAGCUCAAGUUCACCCAAGAUGAUGAAGGUCCCUCAAAUGGAGGUAAAGAGGAUAUGAAAGCUGCUACUAUGCCAUUGCUACCAGAUUCUGAGGACACACAUAUUGAUUCCUCUUGCAAAACUCCAAAUAAUACAAGAAACAGAUUUUUUGGUAUCCCAUUAUCAGACUCAGCUCAAGCAAGUCCUAGGUUGUCUCAUCAUAGGCCCAGAAAAUCAUGGAUUAGUGAUAAACUUGACUUCACUUCAGAGGUUAACGACACGAAUAGUGUACCGAGUGAUUUAGAAGAAGACAGCUUGAAUCCCUUAAAAAAACAGAUCCAUUUGGACCGUAAGUCUCUCGUGGAACUCUACAUGGAAUUGGAUGAAGAAAGAAGUGCUUCCGCUAUUGCAGCAAAUAAUGCAAUGGCAAUGAUCACUCGUUUGCAAGCGGAGAAAGCAGCUGUUGAAAUGGAAGCCUUUCAGUAUCAGAGAAUGAUGGAGGAACAGGCAGAAUAUGAUCAAGAGGCUUUGCAGUUCAUGAAUGACGAUCUUUUGAAGAAAGAGGACGAGAUGAAGCUCUUACAAGCUGAACUCGAGACUUAUAGGGAGAAAUAUGGACGUAUAAAGACAAUAGGUAGUGAGGUUUGUGAAGUUGAUGAUGAUGAAGAUUAUCAAGAAUUGAAAUCUCAGUGUUUAUCAUCUAUUAGUGAGAGAUCAGAUUGUGCCAGCCCUUAUGAAGCAGAUCAUCAUAGAGUAAACGAGCGCCUUUUUGAAUGUUCCGGGGAAAAUGGAUUGGUGAAUGUGGAAGAAUCACAACUUGAUUUUGAGAAACAAAGAUCUUAUCUUAUGGGCUUGUUGAAGGAUGUCGUAGAGAAGAUCCAAACAUCUCCUGAAGAAGGACCUCAUAAGUUGGAACCAAAGAUGAUCGAAGAAAGAGGAAAUGAAAAUAAGGUCACUCUUACAAGAGAAGUGUCGUUAAUAAGAGAGAGGUUGAGAGCCAUAGAAGCAGAGAGUGGCUUCUUGAAACAUGCUGCCAUGACAUUACAGAGUGGUGAUGAAGGAAGCAAACUCUUGACUGAGAUAGCUCAACAUCUGCAGAAGCUUAGACACACGGCUAAUACCUCAUCAGAGUAUGCAGAUGCAGGGCGUCAAUCCAAUUAA